CCAUAACUGCUUAUUUAUGAGUAAAAUGUCACACAGGUUGUUAUAUUGACAUGUUUAAUAAAAGAUUAAAUCGCCAAAACGUAGACCUGAUAUUCGACUCCCGGUUCUACCUGUGCGCUUAAUGGAAAAUUAACACCCACGUGACAUCUCUGGACCAAUAAGAACGUGGCAUUUUCCAAAGCCGUGUUGUAAUGUGUAUUAUAAGACAUCAGUUCGCCGAUGCAUAUGAGCAUUUAUCAAAUAAAACUUUUCUAAAUGGGUAUUAUUACAAUAAUUUGUCAACGAAACGAAGCAACUACAUGAACAAUUAGUUAGUAUUUAAAAUUUCUUAUCAGUAACGUUAUGUAAUAAACAUAACACUUAAAUCAGUAAUAAGACUAUUCUAGCCCCAUUUACCUAGUGACCUCUGUGGGAAACUAUACCGCCCGUUACGCAAAUAGCGCAGCGGUGCUCCGUGAAUAGCGGCCGCAGGCGAAGGAUGGCGGAGUGCCGCAGGGCGGAGGCAUGGCUGCAGCUGUUGGGCAGGGUGAUAUUCUGAAAAUGACCCAUAGAGAAAACUGGAAGAUACAGCAUGAGAAGCUGCACGUCAAGCACCGUGGCCAUGAGGCCAUGCACGCCGAGAUGGUCCUCAUCCUCAUCGCCGCCCUGCUGGUGGCCCAGGUCGUGCUGGUGCAGUGGAAGCAGAGGCACUGUCGGUCCUACAGCCUGGUGACCCUGCUCCAGAUGUGGGUGGUCCCACUGUACUUCACCAUGAAGCUGUACUGGUGGCGCUUUCUCUCCACGUGGGGGAUGUUCUCGGUCAUAACCAGCUACGUCAUCUUCAGAGCCACCCGGAAACCCCUGUCUGGCAGGACGCCGCGGAUGGUGUAUAAGUGGUUCCUUCUCAUCUACAAGCUGAGCUAUGCGGUGGGGGUCGUGGGUUACCUUGCCAUCAUGUUCACCAUGUUCGGGUUUAACGUGUUCUUCAGAAUUAAAGCAGAAGACUCAAUGGAUGUUGGCGUCAUUCUCUUGUUUUAUGGCUUAUACUAUGGGGUCAUGGGUCGGGACUUUGCAGAGAUAUGCUCGGAUUACAUGGCUUCAACAAUCGGGGACCCACUUCAGCUUGGGAUAUGUCAGCCUGCGGCCCUUUGCGCUCUGUUUCAGUACUACAGCGGCGGGGGGGUGCCGUCCAGGAGCCUCUGCCACGACAUCUGUGCAGUGUGUGGCCAGAAGAUUCUGGUGGAUGUCAAUGAAGAAGGAAUCAUCGAGGACACAUAUCAGCUGUCAUGCAAUCACAUAUUCCAUGAAUUCUGCAUCCGGGGAUGGUGCAUUGUGGGUAAGAAGCAGACCUGUCCCUAUUGCAACGAGAAAGUCGACCUUCAGAGGAUGAUGAAUAAUCCCUGGGAGCGGACACACGUUUUGUACGGUCAGCUUUUGGACUGGCUGCGUUACCUUGUUGCAUGGCAACCUAUCAUAAUUGGAAUAGUUCACGGCAUUAACUUCACAUUAGGUCUGGAAUAACGGCUUUCUGCUGGUCCGUAUGUUUUGGUUUCACAUCUGAUUGUAUUUAUUUUCUGCGCCUUCUGAAUGGACUGAAACUGACUUAUUAAAAUACCUUUUGUUGAAACCCACUCAGAAACAUGGGUAAUUGUAAUGACAUGUUUGUACAUUGAUUUUUUCUAAGAAGAUACAGAGGAACUUGAAAGUUAGAUGAGACGUAAGUAGAACAAACGUUUGAUGCCAUAUUUCAAUAAGGACAGAAAAAGAUUUUUUUUUUAAUAUGGUAAUCUUUUUUUUUGUAUUACCCAGCAACACUCUGGAAGGAUCUGUUCAGAAACAUUACCUUAAAACACUUCUUAAUGUUACCCUUAGUAGGUUUAGAAAGUAUUUCACACAAAUAAUACAAGACAUUGUAUGUUAAACCAGUAUUUAGGGUGUCAUAAAUAAGAACUAACGGGGCAAAUUUUGUGUGACAUACAGCUAUGAUUUUUGACACUAAUUUCAGACCAGGUUCUGGCGUUAAGACUAGGCUAUGGGGCUGAUGUGCUGGGGUCCGCAGGUCUGGUUCUGUUGGCCUUUGUUGUUUAUGAGGAACUAAGAACAGAAGAGCUGAAACAGAAAUUCAUGAAAGAGAAUACAGUUAUGAAUAGUAACUCCGCACAGAUAUACGGUUCAUAUUCACAUUUUCCAUGAGAAAUGUUCUUUCCACUUUCAGUUUGACUGCUUUCUUAAUAUUCUGGGCUAUUCUUCUGGGAAAGACAAUGCAGCAACAUCAAGAACACUUAUAGUGUCCUUUUUAUAUUAUUAUACAAGAUAAAAAGCAAUCAUCAGCGUUUCACAGAUAUCGUAACAAUAUCGUGAUACCUGGUCAUUACUGCCACGGCAGAAUGUUAUCAGAAGAAGAAUAAAAGAGUCAUUUGAUGUG